CAACCGAGUCUGGUAUUGAAGAUGUCUACUAUAUUUAAUCUUUAUGUAUUGUACAAAAAAACUUAUCAGCCAAAGGAUAAUUCAUGACAAUGUCCAGAUAUUGAUCAACGAUUCUUAAAUCACUGCAUGACAUUAUAUUCAUACGUUUUACCUGUUAUGCGAAACAAAAAUAGAAGAAAAAUUGAAAGAAAAAUACCAUGGUUAGUAACUUGUUUUGCCCGAUAACGUUCAUCCUGCUUUACAUAACCGCAUAAACAUGGCUGUUCAGUUGUAUGUGGUUAAAGACAAACUUCAGGAUCAUGUAAAUGUCAAAUCCAGUGAUAUUUUACAAGCUUAUAAAUCACUAUUCUGUUGCAACUUAACAAAGUAGUUUGAUUGAUUGUUGGUAUGUAUCAUGGCUAACAAUAGGUAUUGCUGAUAUUUGAUUUGUUUAGCUGCCUGCUAAUUUCGCCAAAACAUACUUUAAAUGCAAGUUUCAGGAGAGCACAGUAAGCUCAUGUUGAUAACGUAUAUUGUACAAAAUAACCACGCUUUUGUGUUCACAAGUGUCUAUAGCAGGUAGUACAGACAUUUGUUUAACCGAAAAUUGACUUAAUAGAAGCAUAAACAUUGGUUUUGUUUCGACCUUGAGAUGCAAAUGGAGGCUGUGAACAAUAUCACACAAAUAUGACAUAUAGGGAGGCAUUUCAAUCAUCAAAAUCAUGCUCUUCUUAGACACUAUGCACAAACUAAACAGGAAUGUUCAGGAAAAUUAGUUCAACCACACAGCUUGAAAGAAAAUAUUCAGAUUUAUGAAAUUAGCUCCGAACUCCACAGUUUCAAAAUGUCUCGAAAACAUAAUCAGGCCUCUUUAUAGUAUUGAAUAGGGACAUUCUUAUUCAUUGAAAUGCCUCCCUAUAUGCCAAAUCGAUGCAAUAUAACUGAUAAUAAAUACUCAGUAUAAUUAAUUGUAAAUGUGAACGUCAACUGCUGUGUACCUCGGAAGCCGUGAUCGCAAAUGUAUUUGCAGAAAUCGUCAAUCCAGCAUCAGCUGCAGACCAGUGGCUUCGAGGAUAAAUGAAAGAAAUUGCUUCUGGGGUAUUGUAUCGCUUUGAAUUUGGUUCCCGGUUCUUGUUAUUAUUCCUGUAAGCGAAUGAUAUUUAUUUUGCCAAUAUUGCUCGUUACAGAGAACACAUGGCAAAAGUAAAUCCAGCAACGAAGUCGAUGCAGGUGGAUGAUGAAGAUUCACAAAAUGAAUCUGAAAAAGAGGACGGCGCUGAGAAUCGUGAAAAUCUGAAAAAGAAAAGACCAAAUCUGUUUAAUAAAUAUUACUCGAACAGAAGUGUUGAAACAGAACUCGACCACCUAAGCGAAAAGGUGAAACAAUUAAAGACAGAGAAAAAGAUUUACAAAGAAGGUAUAAAAUGGAUUCUGACGAAAGUCGGCAACCAUACUAUUGCCGAUUCUGUCGUCACUGGAAACGGCAAUGUCAUUAUAGAUGGCAAAGACGGAAAACAGGAGGAUUUGAAGAAAAUAAUGACCAAGCAUUUCACUAAGGUCACCGAGGAACAUGCCACCAUUUCAGAGGAAUUAGCGAGGUUUAAGAAUAUCGUCGACAUGUCCUUAAAGAGUCUCGAACGUAUGGGUAAGAGAAGUGACAAGAAACUCGGGUCAAUUUUGGAACUUUUAGAAUUGACCAUGUCGUCUGAUGAACAUUUUACCGAUAGCAAAAUUGAACAGGCACUUCUGGCGAUAGAGAAUUGGACUGCAGAAAGCAAGCGCAAGCUAUCUGAUAUGUACAAGGCAAAAAUCGACCAAGCUCCAAAGGAAGCACUUUCUACAAUACAGUUCAUCGCGUCAAAAUCCGUGGACCCCGACAGUCGCAGAACGUUACAGAAACUUUUCGACAUCGAUCUUCAUGCACUGGAAGACGACCCAUCCGACCAAGACAUGUGCUUUCGAGGAUUGCUGUUUUGGCGACAAAAAGAUAUAGAAAAUAACAAUGCCGAACAUCUGAAGAAACUUUUAGUGAAUUUAGACAAGGCCACUCUAGAACAACGAAAGCAAGACUCAGAAUCUAUAUUGAAGUUGAAGGUUAGCGACUUGAGUGGGAUGGAUGGGACUGGAGAAGAUAACACCAAAGGAAUGAAUAGAGAUAUCAAGGAGAUCUUGGAUCAUGUUAAAAGUAUCUCACAUAAGCUGGCAACCACAGAACGUCGUGACAUCUUAGAGAUUAUGCAACAAGAUGAUUCGGCAGAAGCUCCACGUCAAACACAGCAGUUUGCAGAUGUGCAUAGACGUGUUCGUUCACUGUCAGUUGGGAAAUCAAGUCCUCCAAAGAGAAGUAGAACCAGACAGGAAAGUUGCAGUGACUGUGACAUGGUGAUAUACUCCAGGGAUGCUGAGAGAAAAAAGUAAAAGUGAACGUAACGCUCGGAUUAUUGAUAAUGUGAAGAUAUUAACCAGAUAUAUAUCCGUCGCUGUCAUUUUCUUAUUAUCUUAUCAAUAUACGCCUUAUGAACAGGCAAAAUAUUUUUUUUCAUAUCACAUUAUUUCACAAGUUAUAGCAUAGUAAUACAUUUCAUUACACUUUGAGAGAGAGCGAAAUAUCGAAGAUUAUUCAUUCUACAAAAUUGAAAUUUUUCAUUAGUGAAAAAUAUCACCUUUUCUCUGAUUUAACCUGUCAAAUCACUUUCAAUAACAACGAAGAACUUUAAAACUGUCCUAGUUCAUUUCGCUAUAAAAUGUAAUAAACAGAAACUCCUAAAGAGUAUUCAGUAUUCACUCGUGUGGCUGAUUCUGAUACGCAAUAGUGAAAAAUAGCAAUAUAUUUGUCCCACUCGUGAAAUGUAUUUGAUAUUUCUGAACACUGUUAGAUAUCCUCUAUACAUGUUGGUAUACAGUAGCUGAAUCACUAAUAUUUCUAAUAACUCUUUCCUUUAAUAAUUCCUCAUUUGUCAGACGUCAGGCUGAACUAUGGAUGGUUUGAAUACAAUUGCAGUGGAAGGGGAGACAACCACUUCUAGAACAAUGACAAAAAGACUAGCAUAUACAUAUAUAGUGUACAAUAUCAUAAAAUACAUUGAGGAUGUCUAACAGUGUCUUCGAUAAUACCUAAUAUAUUUCACGAGUGUGGCUAAUAUUUUGUUAUUUUUCAUGAGUGCGCAAUAAACCGGUCCAGCAUUUGAUUUUCCCAAUUGUCGUUUGCAAGUAGUGUUUUGAUUGGUCAAGUCUGAAAAAUGAUAUUUUUCGCUAGUGCAAAUAUCGCUUUUAUAGAAUAAAAUGUUUUUCGAUAUUUCACUGUUAAAAUGUAAUAAAUUCAAAUACUUUUUAUUAAUAGGUAGUGUGUCAAUUAUUCUUUGUGUAAGAAUUCACUGACGUCACCAUUUGACACAGUGGUUGGCUAUUUUACACUUAACCAUUAUCAUUAGAAUGGUUAUUUUCGUCAGUGAUUUCAUUUUAUUUUUCACGUUUGAUGUUUCAGACUAUUUAAUAUGAACAAUACAACUGACUAUAGAGUAAAUGUUACACUAACAAGAUAUUAGCCUGAUUCCGUCAGAUCAAACUAACGAUUGACAUAUAUAUAUGUGUGAAUAAAUCCACAGUCGUUUUAAAGUAUAUGGUGCUUUUAGUUUUAUCAUUAAUCUACAUAGAUGACUUAACGCUAUUGUUUUCCGGUUCCUUCUCGCUGUGUACUAUAUACAUGUUAAUUGCUCUAAUAUCAAUUACCUCGCUCGGCGAUAAUACCUGGCUUUGUUAUACGUAAGGCGAUUAAGCGAUAUAAAUACAAUAGACAACACUACACAAGUCGUUUAUCCGAUAUCAUAUACUUCGGAACGUGAUUAACACCACGUUAAAUGUUUAUUGUUAGAAAAUCUUUGAUUAUCAUCGGGGUCUUUUACACAAUUGGUGCCAGCGACGGGGUUUGUAAAAGGUAUAUUUUCGUGCGAUUUUCGGUGUUUAUUGAAGUUUAACAUCAGUCAAGGUACUACGGCUCGAUAGAGCAUUGAUUAUACGGUAAUUAGUCUGACAUGUAAUUAAGGUUCAAUUAACGUGAAGUCAUCACGUCAAUGGAAAAUGUUCGUGGAUCAUUUAUCUGAUAAAAAAUAAGGUUUGGCUGUCUACUAUUGUUCAUGAGAUCACGAACAGCGUUGAUCAGUUUAACACCGUACAGAAGGCUACCCACCGUCAUUAAGUACAUUUAUGUUUUGCGUAUGUAUAUACAUUUUGAAAAGCUAAAAUAUUAUUUUCUAUAUAUUUUUUUUUAAUUUCGUUUUUGUAAUCACAUCAGUGCUGUGAAAGGCGAUACCAGGUAUUUAGCAGGUACAGCUUCCCGAGAUAUAAUUUGAGAAGUAGGAAGAUGAUGUUGGUGUUAACUUGGAUUUAAAUCUCAGAUGGUAAUGGUUAUAUAUUUGAUUUUUUUUAUAUAUAUAUGUGGGUGUAUUUGAUGAAUGAACUUUCGCUUGCUUAAUAAUUGCAGAAAUGCAUUGUCAAAUUCAAGUGAUUUGAAUUUCUAGUAUCGCUGAUGAAAUGACGUUAACAUUAUUAAUUCAUAAACUGAACAAGAAACUUGGUUUGAGAAUAGACGAUUGAGCAUGAUAAUGGUUCCAUGAAUAGGGUCCAGGUAUUCCGUAAGGGUAUUCCAGAACACAUGGUCCCAUGUUUAUAGAACCAUUUUCAUACUAAAGCAUGUAUUGUUCCAGCAUAGUGACUCGUUCAAUUUAUGAAUUAAUAAUGAAAUUAUUUUGUCAGUUUUUUCGGGACAAAAUUGAAAAUAAAGCCAAACACAAUGCUAUGUUUACUUUGACUUUAUGAUGAUUUGCCGACUAACUUACAAGAACGUUAGUUUGAGCAUACAAUCCAUGAAUGGACAUCAAGACGGUUUCAUGACGUUUGCAUGCAAAUCCUUAUUAUUUAUUCGGUUUUUCCCAAUUCUGCCGGGAUUAUAGUUAUGGUUCCAUUUUAAUGUUGUAUUCGGUUUUCUUUGACGGGAUUAAGCUAUGUACGGUCAGUAAUACCAAUCAUAGUCAAAUGACUGUGUAUAAUAGGACUGUACAUCAUUGUCCAAUCAGACAGCUCGAUACAAAAAUACAUGGUUUAUGCAAAUAUUGUUAGCUUUUUAAUUUGUCUUGUUGAAUCUGAAAGUCAUAAAAUGUAAUAAACAUUUCAUA